AUGCGCUUCGGCAUGUAGCCUACCUUUGACGCAUCUUCAAAUUUAAAACUUAUUUUUCGUACUCUGUCUUGUAUUUGUUUUUGUCUGCUCUAGUCCUUUACGUGUCUAACAGUAUCAUCUUACCGAGGAUUGUUUUGGAUUGGAUUGGUUUUCGAUAUAUUCGACAUUUUUCGCCGCAUCUGCUUGUCUGUGUUAAAUUCGCAAACAACAAUGAUUUACAUUGCGGAAUUACUCGCAAAACUGAGAAAAGGCAAAGGAGCAAUAUAAUUUAUCUGAGUUCGAUGUAACUGCUAAAUGAGGCUAUGGACACAGAGGAUUCAGAGGAAGAUGUGGGGACGAUGGAGUGUGAACGAUUAAAACCAGAUAAAGCAACCUCUCCAUCACCUUCAAUCACAUCUCUACAAAGCGAGCAGUCACUGGAUCGACCGAUUCUGUUCAAAGAUGGAUCUCAGAGUUUUCGGGGCAAUAAAAGGUCAAGACAAGGUCAAUCAGCAUCUCCAGCACCUUCAUGUACAUCUCUACAGAGUGAGCAGUCACUGGAUCGACCGAUCCUGUUCAAAGAUGGAGCAGAAAGUACAAGGAGAAAUAAAAGAUUGAGACCAGAUAAAGGAACAUCUCCAGCUCUCUCCUGCACAUCUCUAAACAGUGACCAGUCAUUGGAUCGACCAAUACUGUUCAAAGAUGGAACUCAGAGCAAUGAAAGGUUGAGACAGAGUCAAGCAGCAUCUCCAGCACCUUCAUGUACAUCUCUACAAAGUGAGCAGUCACUGGAUCGACCGAUUCUGUUCAAAGAUGGGGCAGAGAGUUUGCUUAGGAAUGAAAGAAUGAGACCAGAAAAAACAACAUCUCCAGCUCCUUCAUGUACAUCUCUACAAAGUGACCAGUCACUGGAUCGACCAAUACUGUUCAAAGAUGGACCACAGAGCUUGCUUAGGAAUGAAAGAAAUGCCCACCUGGAGGGCAAAACAAGGCUUUCCUCCAUUGCCUGCUAG